AAGUGGAUCUAUCCUAAGUUAGUUGAAGUGUGCCUGAGUUCGUUGGUCUGAGUGUAGGUCUGCUCUUAUCUACACCCCAUCCAUCGCACGAGGUUUACUACCACCAAUUCAUUAGGAUUGUCUCCACAGGCUAUUAAACAAUACUGACUGCAUUAUAAUCCUGUACGAUGUCUGCAUUGCCACAGAUAUCGCAAGACGUUACGAUGUUAAAGAGGAAGCAGGACGCAUCUCCGUCUACAUCAGGCGACGCUACCAAGAUCAGUAAUACUACUACGCCAACUAUCAGUAAUAACAAUAAUAACAAUAUUAAUAACAAUAAUGUCACUAGUAUGCAAAACAGUAAAUCGCCUUCUCCAGGCUUGAAGACUUCACUGUCGUCGUCUCCUACACAUAAAGUUUCCACUCCGCUUCUAAAGAAAGAGUCCUUGACAGCAACAAAACUCACUAAUAUAUUCGCCAACAGUAAUGCCCAAGCAGCUACUACUUUAAAUAGACAUCACAUUAAACCUAAAUCAUCGGGUCAAUCUCCAAUUGCCAUAAAACCGUCUCCUAAAUAUACCAAAAUACAGCCUGCCAUAGCUCCAAAGCCAAUGCAACCUAAAUCAAAUGGGUUUUCCCCGGUACCGAACCAGUCAAACACGUCAUUGGAUUCAACAUUGAAUACUUCGAAGAGAUGGGUUCUUCCUCCAAGGCCAAGACCUGGAAGGAAGCCAACAACUACUUCUAGUAGCAAUUCGAAUGUUGGGCAUGAUCAUAACAAUGCAUCAGCAACCACUAAGCGGAAAUCUAAACUCCCUAAGAAGGAAGUUGGACCGUUACCAGAUCAGGUUCCUAUUAAUUCACCUACUCCAGUACCUGUAGUUGUUAAAACUGAACCUAAACUGGAAGCAACACCAUUGUCGGCAUCCUCCACAAUUUCUGCCGUAAGUAAUGUAGCCUCAUCAACACCAUCAACAUCUCCAGAGUCAAACUCAAUACCAAUUACAACACCAACAGCACCUGUCACUACUUCGAAGUCUAAUCCAUUGUCAUCAUCACAAACUCCAAUACCUAAUAUAUCUAAUCAACCUUCAUCUGCUAAAGUGACUCCACUUGUACAACCAUUAACCAAAUCCACCACAUCAAUUAAACUAGAAAGUGAUCAAGCCAAUUCAAAUAUUUUACCCAACCCAACUAUUGCACCUUCAGUAGUUAAUCGUACGCAUACUGUUGUUGAUCCAAAGACAGAAAUCAUUGAUCUUAAGAUGUGUUAUUUAUCUAAAUUGAAGGAGCAAGAAGUUAUUCGGAAUUAUAUUGAAGUGAUAACGAAUCAGAUCAAAGAAUUAUCAUUUGUUCAAAAUGGAGUUAUCACAUUUGAUGCUUUGAAGAAUAAUGUUAAUCCGAUACAUAAUCCACUUAAAUUAAAAAGAAUGCAAUCAACUUCAUCAACAUCUACUCCAUCAGUUAUGAAUGUUACUAACAAUGGUUCAAUGGGGAAUGGUAGUACAGGUACGACAUCCCUUACAGGAACAGGCACAGGAGCUUCUAUUGGGAAUAUUGAUUCCAUUAAUAACUUGAAUGAUCUAAAUAAGGCAUUGAAUUAUUUGACCAAGUCUUCAAGUAUCAUUCACAGUGCUACAAAACAACAACAUCAACAGCAACUGAAUAAUGGAGCCUUGAGUAAUCUUAACUCCGAAGCAGCCUUGAAUAAUCAAAUCAGUCACUAUUUAAGUAUAAGAGAUAAAUUCAAAACUAUGAAGACUGAAGAAUUAAAGAAGUUAAACAGUUUAAAGAGACAAAAUAAUAAAAGAAGAGUUGCCAAGCAACAACAACAAGAUGAACUUCAAGGUCAAAAUAGUUCAGAUCAAGGUGGGUUCACACCAGAUUUAUUAAAACCUCUUAAGUCGAUUAAUUUAUUUGAUCCAGACACUAAUGAUGAUGUUGAUAUGAUGAUUGAUAUUUUGAAUAGUACAAGUAAUAAUGCAAGUGGAGUUGGAGUUGGAGUUGUUAACAAUGAUAUAACUGGUAAUGAUGAUACCAAAAUAAAUGAUGGCCAAUCUUCUGUAAGUGCUAUUUUAAUGAGCAAUGAAUUAAUAUCAAAUGAUGAUGAUAUAGACUUGAUAAUGGAAGAGCCCGACUUUCUUAGUCGAUUAAUGUUGAAUGACACUUCUGUAGGAAGUACACCUACUAGUAAUGGAAGUAGUAAUAAUACUAAUGCUAAUGAUAAUAUUAAUAUUAGUAACAGCAAUAUCAAUGUGAACAAUAAUAAUAACAACAAUACUAAUAAUAACAGCACUAAUAAUAACUCUGACUUGGUAUUGAAAGAGCAAGAGAAACUUGGUAAUGUGACGAUACACGCACAAAUUGCUAACUUGAAUGGUAGAGGAAGUAUGAAUAAUAACAAUAACAAUAACAAUAGUAAUAGUAAUAAUAACACUAGUACUACCAAUGGUAAAGGUAUCACGAAUGAUGCACUUAUUAAGAAGAAAUUAAAGUUGAAUUGUGGUUUUUGUACCAAUGACACACCCUGUCUCUGCUUUGAUACUGAUUUUGAUUUACGAUAGUGUAUAUGUAUAUGUAUAUGAUUGAAUUUCUACGAAUAUAUGACCACACUUUACAUUUAAAAUGUUUAUUGACACUGAAUAAAUAAGUAGUAUAUGCU